AUGCUUCCAUGCCCGUCGCCAGAUCUCGAGUCUUCGCGUCUGCUUGAGCACGCGCAAAACGAUGCAUAUUUGACUCAAGUUCCUCUUGACACGAUUCCUCCAGGUUCUGUUCUAGGUCGAUCGCAUUGGAAUGAAAGCUCAAGCACCGUGUUAUCCACUAUUUCGAAUCCUUUGGAUACUACCAGUGAUGACCAUUUGCUGGAAGAUAAAUUACCACGAUUCGCCGCUAUUGAAUUCCUUCGACAGUGGCUUCCCGAGGUUCACCCAGAGGACCCAGGGUCAAACACCCUCCUGCGAAAAUUCUCCAACCGUGAUGUAGCUCUUAUUGUCCAUCAGUCAGUAGCAGGGCUAGUCUUGAUAUUCAAUAUCAUUGUGACUUCGCUUGCCAUCCACUCCUAUGUGCCCAUGAAGGGGAUAGGAGGCAUUGUCGACGUUCCUGGCGUCACAAAUUGUGACGAUGUCCAUUCAUACAAUAUGGGGAUCCACUUUGCUAUCAACGUUCUAUCAACCAUUCUACUCGGAUCCAGUAACUACUGCUCCCAGCUUUUAGUUGCGCCCACGCGCAAAGAUAUCGAGAAAGCACACAAGACUCGGAAAACACUUGACAUCGGGAUUCAGAGUUUUCGGAACCUGCGGGCUGUUGAUACUCCAAGAAGAGUCCUUUGGGUGCUGUUAAUGAUAAGUUCUGGACUUCUUCAUCUAUUUUGGAACACUGUUGUAUUUGCGGCCUCUCCCAAAGUGUCGUACAAUGUUGGGGUUGUUACGAGCGAUUACCUGGAAGAUACAACGCCUUGGAACUAUUCGAUGCCGGGCAUUGACCAAAUACGUCGAAAUGCGACCCAUUUAACACCUCUUUCUCGAGCCGAUUGCAUCGAGAGGUACACAAAUAGCGACAAUGGACUCAGCGACGUGCUUCUAGUUGCUCGCAAUGUCAGCAAAUAUGACCAACUGUCAUUUGCCAUUGAUAAUUCAUCAUCUUUACUUUCCAACUUCUCGGCAUUUGAAACUGCUUCUCAUGAAAACGGGUCCAUUGGUGUAGAUUGGACAGAAGCGGAUUCAUGGGUAUGCUCUGCCUGGGCGCCUCUUGGCUAUUACGCACUGCCGCCGGACAGCCAAAGAGUUACUGUAUGCACUGCCUCGGCUAUGACAGCAUACGUGGAUUCCUGGACUUUUACAAGAUGGCAGGAAACCCCAGCAGCCCCUUCUGGGGCGCAGCUAUGGGCGGGGGUGGAUCACUGCAUUCCUGCUAGUGGACUUUAUCCCAUGGAGAAUAAGUGUCAGCUUCGGGUAAGCUACGCUCUAUUGAUCAUCGUGUGUGGAUUGAACCUCAUUAAGCUCCUUUGUAUAUUUGGUACCGCCCGUCUCCAUCAUUCAGGUCGUCUCUCCACUAGGCACGAGGGAGAUACAAAAGCGAAAACAGCCUAUCUUGUUACUGUGGGCGACGCCAUUGCAAGCUUCCUAGAGCAUGAAGACGACCAUACCAAGAAUCUCUCGCUCGUAACUCAGAGCGAUUUCAGCAGAGGGAAAUGGCCAGACGAAGAGAGGGAACACAAAGAGUUUGACCCCGGUGCUAAACUGAGGGUCAGGCGGUGGUUUUCCUCAGUUACUAUCCUGCAAUGGAUUUCGACUCUUUUGUUGUGA